AUGGGUUCAUUACCAAAUCUUCGUUCGUUAUCCAGUGAUCCGAAUACAGUUUAUCAAUAUGAAUUAUGUGACCCAGAAAAUGAUGAUAUGUCUACAAAAUCUGAAAGUCAAAAGAAAAUAUCGAAAUUGAAAGGUGAAAAAAAUAGUAAUGUUGAAUCGUUAGGAGAAAUGAAUAACAUACAAAUUUCAAAUUUUCAUCCACAACAAGGAGUGAGACAUACAAGAAGUAGUGGUUCUCAAUAUAAUAAUCAAAUGCCGAGCACUUAUGUUAACUGGGAUGAUUAUUUACUUCAGCUGAGAUUAUCAAAAUACUCACCAAUGUCUAGUAGAUCUUCUAAAUCGAAUACUACUUGGACAGCAAAUAAUACGCUUUAUAAUUUUCAUCGUGGAUCUACACGAAGAAGAGAUUCUUUAUCAAGCUCUGGAGGUGCCAGUUCUGUACGGAAAUUAAUUGCCGUCGUUCGUUCAACUCCUUCAAGAUUAGGACCAGUAUAUUCGAGAAAAGUUUUAUGUCGAAAUUUUGCCGCACUUUGCUUAGGUCAUUUCACUAUCACAGCUGCAUUACUGCCUUUAAUGUCUUUACAAUCUUCUGUCAGUACAUGGUGGUGGCCACAAAAUUCAUUAUUUCAAUCAUCAGAUAUUGGUUCACUUUUACUUUCAGCAUCUUUUGCCAUUGCUAGUAUUUUUACUCUAAUAAGUCCCAUAAUUAUACACUUAUUAGGAUGUAAUUGGACUUUAGUUUCCGGUUAUGCCUGUAUAAGUGUAUUCUUCGUGGCGCAUCUUUAUCCAACAUUACGGUGCUUGAUUCCAGCUUACUUACUUCUUGGAAUAUGCAUUGGUCCAAUAACGUGUGCUAGAGCGUCAUACCUAGUGACACUAACUAAUAAGUUAUCAUAUGUUAUGACUGAAGAAGAAGAAAUAUUUGAACAGAUUAACGGAGAAGCGAAAGAAAGCAUAUUGCAAAAACUAUCGAGAGGAUUACAGGCUUCUCAGGAUUUAGGAAUGGUACUUGGAAAUAUCGUAGCAUGGAGUUUUCUAUAUUAUUCACGCGAUGGUGAACAAGAAGAAACAAUUCUUAAAACAUUUUUUUAUGAAAAUGAAAGUGGAGAAUGGGUUUGUGGUAGUCAAUCAAAUCCAUAUCGCGUACCUACAAAUAACUAUCUUGAUUUAGUCAGUAAUUCAACCUGGUACGAUGCUCUAGUAGUCUCAUGCAAAACAACGGCUAUGUUAACAAGCGUUUUUAUAGGUUGCGGAGUUGUAGCCAUGACACUUACAGCAGUUUUCACCGACAAAAUCAGAUUAUUUUUAUAUCAGGUAAAAAGACCCCACAGCAUGGCAGUUUACGAAGCAAUUAAAAAUGCAUUUAAAGAUCCUCGUUUACAAUUAGCUGCUCCAAUGUCUAUAUUUAUAGGACUUCAUCAAGGUUUUAUUUACGCUGAUUUUAGCAAGUGGUACGUGGUGUGUUCCCUCGGGAUUUCAAAUAUAAGUUUGGUUUUUUUAAGUAUGGGACUCUUACAAUCGGUUGCAGCUUUUACUUUAAGUUUAUUAUUACAAAACGUACCUAGAUAUUUAGUUAUAGUUACUGGAUUUAUUUUUCACUCUUGUUUACUCUUGGUUUUGCUUAUGUGGAAACCAUCAAAAGAUGAUUCGGCAUUAUUUUACGUCAUAGCCGCGGCUUGGGGAGUUUGCAGCAUAAUUUGGGAAAUUUUAAAUUUCAAUGUUUUACUACACAUUUAUCCAGAUUCAACGUGGCAAAUAUCAUUUAUCCACGGUAAUUUUUUUAAAUUUUUGGGUCUUUCCAUUGCUUUCGGUUUUCACGGUAUACUUUGCACUUGGGUUAAAUUAUACGCUUUGGCUUUUUUCAUGGUGAUCGGUAUAACACCACAUGCAUGGCUAGAAAUGAAAUUAGAAUCGAAAAGAAAAAUGAAAGGAAAUUUAAUAACGCUGUGA